AUGAACCGAAAGGCCCACGCUCGACAAGCACUUUUACAAUUCAAGAAUGCCGUUCAAACUACAUCUGUCGGUUCCAUUGAAAAGGUUUUAAACCACUUCAUUGCGCAAGCUGAAGGUCGACUCACAUCCGCCGUUGAACAAGCCAAAGCUGAAGUCGCUGCUCUCCCCGAGAACCCCGUGGUCGACGAUGAACUCCCCCUUCAACCUGCUUCUCUCCUCCUCGAUACCUUUGUCGACAACGCCGGUGAUAGAGAACGAAUCGAGAGACGAUUGAUCGCCCCAGCUCAGAAAUUCUGUUGGGACGCUUAUGACAUCUCCCUUGAUAUUGCCAAGAGCAAUGAUCGAUUGGAAGUCAUCUACCAAUCUAUCGCUCAUCGAGCUUUCAACUUUUGCAAAGUGCAUCAACGAAAAUCUGAUUUCAGAAGAUUGUGUGAACAACGACUCAGGAAAGAUCUCACCAACGCCGCUAAAUAUGGUCAUCAACAACAUGCCAUCAACCUUUCAGACCCCGAAACACUCGGCCGAUUCCUCGACACCCGUUUCCUCCAACUUGAAACCGCUGUCGAAUUGGAACUCUGGCAAGAGGCUUUCCGAUCCGUCGAAGAUGUUCACGGUCUCGUCGCCGGUGGAAAGAAAGUCGCCAAACCAGCCAUGAUGGCAAAUUACUACGAGAAAUUAACUCAAAUCUUCAAAGCCGAAGGGGGUAAACAAACCGCAGUGUUCCACGCUGCUGCCUGGGCAAGAUACUUUCAAUACGCUGAACGAGCCGGUAUCUCAAAUGACAAAGCACCUGGAUCCGUCCUUCUCUCCGCUCUCGCUGUACCCCUCGGAGAAGUCGAGACUAAACAACGGUUGAUUGCAUUACUCAACCUCCCCAAAAUGCCCACCCGAGAGAAUCUGGUCAAAGAUGCCGCUGCCAAACACCUCAAACGAGUCCCCGCCGACAUUCGAUCAAUUUACCAACUCCUCGAAGUGGAUUUUCAACCCACCACCGCUUGCAAAACCCUUGCCCCUCUCAUCACUUCCCUUCCCGAAGAGUACCAACCGUAUCUCCCCGCCCUUCGAGAAGUCGUUCUCUCCCGACUCGUGCAAGAGCUUGCUCAAGUCUACGACACCGUCACCCUCUCUCACAUCUUGAAACUUGUCCAACCCUUUGACAACACCCCGUGGGCCACCGACAUGCCAUCUCUUGAAAAGUUCCUCAUGACCGCUUGUCGACGAGGUGACAUCAACGCUUCCGUCGACCAUGUCGCUCAAACGAUCACCUUUAUCACUUCCGACGCUCAACCCAAUCAUCUCUCCGAUCUCGCUAUUGUCCUCUACAACACCAUCCAAUACCUCAACCCCGCUCCUAUCACUUCCCGAGCUGAUGCUUUCGCCGCUGCCAUCGCUCAAGCCGAAGAGGAGAGGAAACAGAUCGCACACCGACGACAGAUUGUCACCAAACGACGAGAACUCAUGGAAGAGGCCAAUCUCAGAAAACAAAGAGAAGAAUCCACCGCACUCGCUGAACGACUCAAGAUCAAAGCCGAGGAUGAUGCACGAAGAGCGAAAGAAGCCGCACGACAAGCCGAGAUGGACAGACUUCGAAAACAAAUGGAUGAUACUCGAAGACAAGAGGCCGAACAAUUGGCUGAACAACUCGCUGCCAAAGGAACUCUCAAAGUUGACAUCUCCAACAUUGAAGAUCUCGAUUCUUCCAAACUCGUUGCUUUACAAGUCGAACAGCUUGCCAAAGAAAAGAGGGAACACGCUGAAAGAUUACGAAUCGUUGGUAAACGUGUUGAUCACAUCGAAAGAGCCAUGAGAAAGGAAGAACGACCGUUGUUGUCUGAAGACUACGAGAGACAAAAGGUUGAAGACAAAGCGGCUCAUGAACGACUAAACGUUGAAGCCAAGGAAGCCGCCAUUGCUCAACAGAAAGCGUCCGUUGAAUUGAAACAACGAUUAGGUCGAAUGAUGCCUGAUUAUCUUGUCGCCAGGGAAAAGGUCGAAAGUCAACGAGAACAAGAGUUCAAAAUUGCCAGGGAGAAAGCCAGAGCCAAGGUGGAAGAGGAGAAACGAAAACUCAAGGAGAAAUUGAUAGAACGAAAGAAGGCGGAGAAGGCCAGGAGGGAAGAAGAAAGACUUGCGGAAGAAGAGAGAGAGAGACAAGCUGCAGCGCAAGCCGCCGAAGAAGCUGCACGAGAAGAAGAAGAAGCUCGAGCCGUUGCCGAGAUUGAAGCCCGAAAAGCUGAAGCUGCUGAACGAGCCGCCGCUGCCAGAGCUGAGAGAGACGCUCAACGAGCGAAAGAUGAGGAACUCCUUCGAUUACGUAUGGCAAGGGAGGAAGAAGCAGAACGACGACGUGCUGAGCGAGGUUCAGGUGCCGGUGCAUUCAGACGUCCUGGUCCACCUGCGCCUGCAGCUGAAUCUCCUGCUGCAUCACCUGCCUUGGCACCGACAGUGGUCAAAGCCGGUGGAUGGAGAGAGAGAGCCGCGGCGAAAUCAUCUGGGCCUGUAUCACCUGCGCCUGCUGCUUCUCCUGCUCCUGCUGCUUCUCCUGCUCCUGCUGCUUCUCCUGCUCCUGCUCCCGCACCCCCUGCCGCCGCCGCCGCUACUCCCGAGAACGAGCCCACGCCAGAACGAGGUGGCACAUGGAAGAGAGGAAUGGGUAGAGGUAGAGGUGGUUCAACACCUACUCCUUCACAGAGAGGUACCAGCAGAUGGUAG